CAUUUCUCACCUUUUAACCACCACUACUGCAUGCCGUAAAUCUGUGCUGCGUACUUUCUUCAUGCCAAUAGCUAAUCCUGCUCAACUAGUUGAUGCUUUCAAAAAAUCCGGCGAAUUUGAUCGGCUGAGACGUGAGCUCCUUAGUGAGUUCCAGCAAGGUAAUGGUGUCGACAUCAAUGAAUUCAAAUCCAAGAUAGAAUCCUACAUCAAGAACCGCUUGGUGUCCGAUGAGAAACUCAAGUACCUGCCCCAGGAGACCGUACAACGCGAGCUAAUGCUUGAAGUUGACAGAUAUCCUACUGUCGAGCGGGCAGCCACGGAUAUGGCCGUUUUUUCAGACCCCACUUUCCUAUCCAAUAUUCAGACAAUAGCUAACCGGCUACUCCUCGAAGACAGAGGACUGAAGCCUGUUGAAUCCCCCAUGCAUCCAGAUAGCAUCGCCGCUAGCUCGAUUCGGCCCACCCCAAUUGGGACACCUUCAGCCCAUGAUCGCGUCGAGUAUGAACGACGAGCUUCUCCCGUAUCAGCUACGUUUGAAGGCCGCCCUUCGACGGUCCCGUCUUCUAACCGCAAGGCUGGGGACAAGGUGGUAGUAGAAGACGGGAAGGUGAAUGCUAUUGCCACCCCGCUUCCGGAGAAUGAGGUUUCCAUGCCUACAACUGGAGGUGAAAAUAAGGUCUUGAAUGGCGCUGGAGGAUCGGACACGGCUUAGAACCGACAAGUCCCGCGCUUUACAUACACGUACCCUUUUCGGACUCGUGAAUACGAUCUGCAGUCUUUCUUUUGUGCACCCAUGACCGGAUGAGAUG